CCGAUGUGACGUGUCUGCACUCGUGCUAGUAAAUCAAAAUUUGAUCACAGAUAUUUAGUUCCCCGUUCGGGAAAGUGAAAAUGCCGCGACCUUCCCGCGAUUCUUAUGGUGAUCAGAAGCCACCCUACUCAUACAUUUCUUUGACCGCGAUGGCGAUCUGGAGUUCCCCGGAGCGUAUGCUGCCGCUGUCGGAGAUCUACCGGUUCAUCACGGAUCGGUUCCCGUACUACCGGCGCAACACGCAGCGCUGGCAGAACUCGCUGCGACACAACCUGUCCUUCAACGACUGCUUCGUGAAGGUGCCGCGCCGCCCCGACCGCCCCGGCAAGGGCGCGUACUGGACCUUGCAUCCCCAGGCGUUUGACAUGUUCGAAAAUGGCUCCCUACUUCGUCGGCGAAAACGUUUUAAGUUACAAAAGGGAGAAAAAGAUAACUUGAAUGCUGAAUUAGCGGCUUUGGCGAAUUUUAAUCGGGCGUUUUUAGCCCGACAAGCGGCCGGGCCUCCGCCGCCUGCGAGUAUACCUACAGCAACUUUGUACACAUCACCGUUGUGCUCCCAACUAAGCCCAGAACCGGCAGAGCUUCCUGAUGUUACUCCUAUGACUAUGUUGCCCAGAGAAAGACCGCGGAGGGCGUUUACGAUCGAUGCGUUACUGGAGCCAGAUUCGCCUCGCUUGUCACCGUCGCCGCCACAGCCGAUGAUUAGCCUCGAGGCUCGCAUGGCGGCUCCGUACGUCCUGGCCGCGCAACGCUACCACGCCGAGCUGCUGCAGGCCGCGGCGCACGCGCUUCGACCCUGCUAUUUACCGCCGCCACCUUUACCGGUCGCGUGACAUCACCCUACGCUAGCGCAUACUCCUCAAAAUACGUGCAAUGUUAGAUUGUAAGUACUCAUUCUCUUUAAAUAAUUGUAAGAAACAGGCCAACGUUCAGCCUACCUCAUUUAUAACUAAAAUCAAGGGUUCCGAAAUUACAUUAAGCUUAUUAAUUAAAUCCAAAACAGAUACCUAUUUGUUGUAGACAUCUACAUUUUAAUUUCGCUAUUUCCAAAUACAAUUUGUUAAUCUUUCAUACGAAUAGAAUUCCGGUGAGGCCUAAAUAUCGAGCGCGCGUGUUUCCGUGACUCACACACGCUUCGAACCCUUUCCAGUUUGUGAUCUCAUUUUGUUUGUAUUUACAAUAUCGCAUUUCAAAUUAAAUAUGCUUAACAAGUAUUAUAACUCGAAAAUUCAAUUCAUUUAAUACAAUAAAAAUACGUAAUAUAUAAAUUCGUAAAGGCCGUUGAUUUAUUUUAAAAUUUGUUUAAUAAAUAAUGUUGUUGUUUUAAAUCUAGUAUGCGAUUUAGCAUUUGAUAAGGAGAUUGUAUUAUUUAAGCAUGUUAGUAGGGUUAUUAUUGUACAAUACAAGUAGAAUAAGACUUGUUAUUUAUUUUAGAGUUAAAAAUCCUUCAUUUUGUAAGAAUUAAUAAUUGGAUAAUUUUGUAAAUACUGUUAUAAUUUGACGUAGGAAUAUUAAAAAU